AGCUUGUUGAACGGAUGCUACCAGGGCUUGUUGAACAGAUGCUACCAGGGCUUGUUCAACAGUUUUUACCAGAGAUUGUUAAAGGGUCACAACAUUGUGCUUGCAAGAAACAACAAUAUGGGAAACAAGUGGAUAAGUCAGCCUCAAGAAGCCUACAACUCAAGUUUAAAAACAAGCCUUUUCUUCCGAUCUUCACCAAUAAAAAAGUUGAAGGAGAGGACUCUUCUGAUUUAACUCUAGAGUUAGUUGAUGCCGUGACUGGCCAAGUUGUUAACUCAGGUCCUGAAUCCUCAAUGGAGGUGGAAAUAGUAGUCCUUGAUGGAGAUUUUAAAUGCAAUGAAGACAACAAUUGGGAACCUGAAUAUUUUAGGUUUAAUAUUGUAUCAGAAAGAGAUAAAAAAGGCAAGAAAAAUCUUCUUACUGGGAGUGUGCUUUUGACUCUAAAAGAGGGAGUUGGUGUAGCACAUGAUAUAAAAAUUACAGAUAAUUCAAAAUGGAUUCGGAGUGGUGAAUUUAGGUUAGGUGUAAGAGUUGAAAAAGGUUAUUUUAAUGGAAUGAGAGUAAAAGAAGCAGUCACCGAACAGUUCGUCGUUAGGGAGGAUCAUGGAAAAUAUUACGAGAAGCACUAUCCACCAUCAUUGGUUGAUAAAGUAUGGCGCUUGGAAAAUAUUAGCGAAAAAGGUGUUUUUUACAAUCGUUUAAGCAACAAGCACAUCUUUACUGUAAAGGACUUCCUGACUGCUACAUAUGGAUCAUCAACAGCUCCGAGAGGUAAGAUCUCAUCUCACCUUCAUUGUAACUUGCACCAUCUGAUUAUGCAUAUACAUUAUGUACAUGAUCAAUACAUAUGUGUCUACAUAUAAGUGCCUGUGUGUGUGUGUCAAACUUCUGAUCGAUCCAUCAGGUGAUACCCAUCAUGCUGGUUCACUUAAUAAGCGGGCCACUGUGUAAACGGAUAGUUAAACCAAGUUUUAUAAGCCAUCCGUUUAUAACAGCUGAUGAUCUAAUCUGGUUGAUUAUUGGUCAUGGACAUCUACAUAAUGUGGCUUGCUGAUGUAUGGAUUAGAUGUUCCACGUAUGCACAUGGAUGAGACUAGCUAGGAAACCUCAUUAUUUGGGAAAACGUGCAGAUACUAGGCACUGGAAUGACUAACAAAAAUUACAAAGAACCAUGCAGAAACAUGUGAUACUGGUAUCGAAAUGUUCGUCUACUACUCCAAGGAUGUAUGGCAAAUGGGUGUUGUCUUCGACAUUGUGCGAAAAGCGAAAGGGCUCCUCAACAAAGGGGAAAUCAUUUCCAUAAACGACCUUUCAGAUGACCAAAAGGUACAACAUUCUUCUUUUCCUUUCUCUUUCAGAGUUUCUUUUCCACGCUCAAGUGACUACUUAUGACAACUAGAACAUUCAAGUUGCAUGGGACGAUAUGGGUUUGGAAGUGGGAUCGUAUGGUUUAUUGUUAGUUGAAUAAUUUAUAUUAAAAAAUAUAGAGAGAUCUAUUGACUAUCUUGAAAGUAGGAAAUCUGCAAGUAUUUCCAUUUAUUGCACUUAGAUCCCUUAAAGUAAUUUAAUUAGAACGGUUUUUGUAAGUAAAAGAUUUAUUUUAUUUUUCCCAUAAAAGCUAGCUUGUAAAUUUUAGAGAAAUAGAUUUGUUACCAACAGUCAAAGUUUUGAAGAUCUCUCUUUAGGCCCACCCACUGAACGUUUUAGAUCAUAGAGUAAGGCAAAAGCACAGUUAGCGGGUUUUUGGCCAAACGAAAAAGAUGAUGGUCUUGAUCAUGGCUACUUUUGAUUCAAUGGUUAAUCCUUCGAUCCAGUGGUCAUGCACGGACUGGAUUGGACCAAUGAACCUAGUGGGGGGCCACAUCUUGGAGAAAUAUCAUUGGAAUCUAGGUGGUGCACCGGAUUUUUUGAUGCAGUUGAUUCUACAAAAUUCGACGAGAUAUCAUACGAGAACUCGUGAUGGUGCGAGUGAAGCUGUUGGUUGCCCUAAAACUGAUGACUGAGAUGCUCUAAGC